AUGGAAGCCCCGGCUGCGCCAUCCGGUCCCAUUGUGGCGGACUUGCACCACAAGUUUGUGCACGAGCUCGACGACAACACUCAAUGGAAGGCGCAGCAUCUCAAGAUGAACGGUGCCUACUGGGGACUCAGCUCACUCGUGCUGCUGCACCGGAUGGACUAUAAGCCGGACGACGUUGUGGAUUUCGUGCUGUCGUGCUACAACGGCGACGGUGGCUUUGGCGGCAAUACAGACAUGGACUCCCACCUGCUCCACACCAUGUCCGCGGUGCAGCUGCUGUGCAUGCUCGACGCAGUGGCGCGCAUUGAUGUGGAGCGGACGGCUCGCUGGAUCGCGUCGAUGCAGCUGCCGGACGGCUCCUUUCAAGGGGACGAAUGGGGAGAGGUGGACACUCGCUUCUCCUACAUCGCACUCAGCUGCCUGCGGCUGCUGGGGCGCUGCGAGUGCGUCGAUGUCGAGGCGGCUGUCCAGUAUGUGCUGCGGUGCCAGAACUGGGACGGAGGCUUCGGCGUCUCGCCAGGAGCGGAGAGCCACGCAGGCCAGAUCUUCUGCUGCGUGGGUGCACUGUGCAUAGCGAAUGCCCUCGAUCGCAUCGACAGGGAUCGCGUGGCGGCGUGGCUGGCGAUGCGGCAGCUUCCCUCUGGCGGCCUCAACGGGCGGCCGGAGAAAAAGGCGGACGUGUGCUACAGCUGGUGGGUUGUGUCGUCCCUCUCCGUUCUUGGUCGUACAAGCUGGAUUGACAAGGAGGCUCUGUUUCAGUACAUCCUCAGCUGCCAGGACACGCAGGACGGCGGAUUCUCUGACAAGCCAGGGAACCAACCGGAUGUGUAUCACACCUUCUUUGGCCUGUGCGGGCUUAGCCUUUUGGGGUACGAGGGGUACCAGCUGAAUCCCAUCAACCCCGUGUACGCGCUGUCCUACGACAUUUUGGAUCACCUGAAGAUUGCACCAGAGCAUGGCUCGCAGGUCGGGCGGCGUGUUCCACGAUCGUGA